CUUGUUUACGUUGCUAUGGGCACCGGUUACGCGCUCCUUCUCCCUCCUUCCCUCUCUGCUCAUCUCUCUUUCACUCUCUGCCUUCAAUUAUCAGCCGUUGGCAACAAUACAACUGAACAGAACGUGGAACUCAACGACGAGCGAAUUAGAAUAGUUAAUAAAGAGAAAGGAAGAAGAGCUGUUCUGCAGUGCACCCCACUGUCCUUCCAGGAAGAAGAAAUCAAAAUUGACAAACUACAUGAGAGUGUCCUAACAUCUGAGAAGGUCAAUUCUAUAGAUGGUUGGUUACCAAAGCAGGAUAAGUAUCUUAUUACUACAAAUAAAAACUUACAUAAUAAUUUUCAGUCAUCUCAGAUGUCUAUUGUCAGCAUACCCUCAAUGAAAAUGGAGAGCUCCAGACAUGACUGUGUGUGUUAUUUUUCUGAGAAUGAAUUUGCGGAUGCAAAAGGAAAUGCAAGUUUGAUUCACCACAUCAUUUCAGAACAAAAUCAGGCUAACGGCUUAGUGGCUGCAAAUACUCCAUUUCACAAUGAACAACCUACAAAAAAUGGAGCUAAAGAGAAGGAGAGCGGGAAUAUGUUGGAUAUAAAUUUCUUAGACCACAGUGGUGAUAUCUGGUGGGUAUUGGACAAUAUCAGAAUGGUCAGUGAAAAGCUAAAAACAGAACUGGAAAGGUCCUUAAAAAGGGAAAUGGUUCUUGCCCAUGAAGUAGAACAUCUGCGGCACAGAGGUGAAUGUUCAUGUAGUGAGACAAUUCAGUAUGCUAAUGAAAGAAAUGACAGAAGAAAUGCACAUGCAAACAAGACAGAGGCCAAAAAUUUGCAGCAAAAUCCCAUUUCUUUACAGAAGGAGAAUGAUAUAUGUGAUCCUGAGCACUCUACAAGUGACACAUACAAUAAGCCUUUUAUGUCCAGUGUAACUCUGCUUGGUAAUGCCAGCCCAAUCACAUCUUCUAGUGAUCCAAUAAAAAUGACACAGUCUAAUAAUGACCCAAGUAAUUCUAAAAAGCCAGGAGAACCUUGCUGCGGGGAAGAAAGAGAUCAAAAUGAUAUUGAAAUAACAGAGUCUUUACCUGAAACACAGAUCAAGCUUUUACAGGAUAUGACCUUAUUGAAAGCUACACUAGAGACCUUACAGUUUGAAAAUGAGGCCUUGAAAGCUCAAGUAGAACAGUGGAAAUCAAACUCGAAAAUGUUUAGCAAUGACAUUGUAACCCCAGAGACAGACAUUGUUGAAUUGCAACAAAAAAAUGAGAACCUUCAGAACAAGCUUCUGAUUGAAGAAAGAAAUUGUAAGGAGUGUUUGAAAGAGAUGAAGAAGUUGGUUUAUAAAUACAACAGCCUGAGAUAUUAUACCAAAGAUCUGGAGCAGGAAAAAAGACAGCUAACAUCUGAGAAGCAAGCAAUAAGUCAUGUACUUGAGGUACAAAAAAGCGAGAAUCAAAGACUGCAAUGUGAUCUUCAAGAAAAUAAAGAGAAAACUAACACAUUGGAAAAGAAGUUGGCAGAUAUAGUGAAAGAAUUUAAUUUUGUGAGGAGACUGCUUGACACAACUCAAGAGACAUGCAAACAACAGGAAAAGGAAAUAGCAGCCCUGUUCUCUGAGAAGGAGGCUCUUCUUCAGGUUUUACAGCAGACAAAAGAUGAAAAACUUAGUGCCAUUUUAGCACUGCAGGAGGCCACAAUCGAUAGGAGGACUCUGCAGAAAGAGAUUGACUCUCUUGUCAUUCAAAAAUCAGCAGCAAAAAUGAAGUUGUUGGAAACGACUGAGAAGGACGAGGCUGAAAAAGUACUUGGUGGUUGCAUGGGAAAUGAGGGUGUGAUGUUGCCUAAAAUCGCAAAGCUGCAAGAGGAUAACUGUUUUCUCCAGCAGGAACUGGAACAGCAUGUCCAAAAAACUCUGCAGCAGGAAGCCAGCAUCCGAAAGCUUAAAGAGGAACGUGUGCUGUUAGAGAACUGUCUCGCUGCCGUACAAAACGAGAAAAAUGCUCUUCAGCUUGAAAUGAAACAGCUUCACAAGGACUUCAUUGAUCUCACUAAUAAAAGUGUUGGAUGCUUCAUUUGUAAAUGCCAGAUGCAGGCAGACAGUCAAAAGAUUCUUCCAGAUAUUAUAAAGAAAGAGGAGCGAAAAGAUGAAGAAUAUUCACUUGAAGUGAAUAAAGAAAUCAGCAUCAAAUCUGGUUCUGGCUUUUCCACAAAUUUUGAAGAAAUGGAGUUUGCUAAUAAAAUUGUGAAAACAUAUUUGAAGAAGAAAGGAAAACAUCAAGAAUAACAAUAUUCAUGUUGUUUUAACGAUUUUUUUAGAAUUAGUAAUCUUCCUGUUCAUAGUCAAUAAAGAGGAAAAAAAACUAUGUUAAAACAAUUAUUUUGCUUCCAGAACUAGUAGAUCUUCAAGUCUGUUUUGCACUGCACAGAACAGAGGAAAUAAAAAAAAAACACACAAUCACACAAUAAAGUAUGGAGAAAAUUCAAGUUGACAUAAAAAUUUGUGCUGAUUACUUCU